CAUCACGUUCUAGCAAACACGCGCUAGAGUUUGAAGAUCUGUCGGAAAGAAGAUCGGUAUUGUCCAAAUCGGAAAAAAGUGUUUUGUCUUUCUGCUGAUCAGCUUCGGAUCGAUACUUCGAAGAUGGAUCCGAACCAGGCACCGGUUGAGAACUAUGCAAACCCAAAGACAUGUCUCUUCCAUGUUCUCUUCAAGGGUGCUGCGUUGGCGUUUUACAUACUCUCUGCUCUCUUCUUCAACAGCUUUGUCAUAAUCUUUGUAGUGACUGUUCUUCUUGCUGCACUUGACUUCUGGGUGGUUAAGAAUGUGAGUGGGCGUAUACUCGUUGGUCUCAGGUGGUGGAAUGAGAUCAAUGACUUGGGAGAAAGUGUUUGGAAGUUUGAGUCUCUUGACCAGGAGUCCUUGGCUCGAAUGAACAAGAAAGACUCAUGGCUUUUCUGGUGGACGCUUUACCUUGCAGCAGCUGCAUGGUUCAUCCUUGGGGUGUUUUCACUGAUAAGGUUUCAGGCAGACUAUCUACUUGUUGUUGGCGUUUGCUUGUCCCUCAACGUGGCUAAUAUCAUCGGCUUCACAAAGUGCAAGAAAGAUGCAAAGAAACAACUUCAGCAGUUUGCCUCACAGACAAUCGCAUCACGGUUCCAAUCCACGGUUCAAUCUGCCUUCACCCUUGUCUGAAAAAAUGAAAGAUAGGUUUAGUGAGCGCGCAAAGACAGUGUACAAAGAAAGAUUGCCUGAAAAAGAAAAAAGUUCUUUUUUUUUUGACACCGUCUGUUACAUGUACCUUUACAUUUUUCAGACAUACCAUACUUAAACCUUUUUUCGUAUGUCGUAUGAGCUUAUGCGUUAUGUUUAGUCCAAAAAGAAGUUUCAAAACUUUACAUCUCUCUGUUGGCCUCGAUGGUAUGCGACCUUCAUCUUAGGGUA